CUCAUUUUCACCCUAAAAAAAAAAAUUAACUCAUUUCGGAAUAUAUUUAUUUAUAUUCCUCCAGCCAAAAGAAUAUAUUUAUUUAUACAACAAAGGCCUCAGCAAGUCCGCCUAACGCUUCCUCAGCAAACUGUGUCUUGACUUUCUCUAUACGCAUGAUUCAGAACUAAACUUGUAGGAUAACCCAUAAUUCUCUAACCUUUUCCACAAUUGAUAGCCAAUUUACCUCAAUAUCAUCACCAUAUUCCCGAUUCUUGAAUCCUGAAAAUGUCUCUCAGGGCAAGACCAACAUCAUCAAAUCAGAAUAUAUCCUCAACUUCUGAUCCUGCAGCAGAAGAAACCAGCACAAAUGCGCCUGAUGCCCGCAAGCCUCCACCAAGUCCUCCAACACCAUCUUUCUACCAACGUGCACUAGAAAGCACAGCCCACUUGGCCAACCUCCUCCCAACAGGGACCCUUUUAGCCUUCCAGCUACUCACACCAAUCGCCACCAACAACGGCUCCUGCGAUGCGGCCACACGGCCGAUGACCUUGAUCCUCCUCCUCAUCCUUGGCGUUUCUUGCUUUCUUGCUUGUUUCACUGAUAGCUUCAGGGCCUCAGAUGGACAGGUUUAUUACGGUUUCGCGUCGCCCAGAGGGCUAUGGGUGUUUGAUUACCCUGCUGCAUCAGCUUCAGGAAUUCCUGGUGAUCUCAGUAAAUACAGGUUAAGUUUCAUCGAUGUGGUUCAUGCGGUUCUUUCUGUGUUUGUCUUUGUUUCAGUAGCUUUGAGGGACAAAAAUGUGCUCAGCUGCUUUUAUCCAUCCCCUAGUCAUGAAACUGAGGAGGUUUUGGAUAUCUUUCCUAUAAGUAUUGGCCUCAUCUGCAGCUUGCUAUUUGUCAUAUUUCCUACUAGACGGCAUGGUAUUGGUUAUCCUGUCACGUCCGGCAAGUGAUUGGCUACCUUGUACAUCUGAGAUAGAUUCAACGAUGUUCAUUAUUGUCUUUUGGCGAUUAAACAGCACAAUAAUUUCUUAUUGCUGUAA